AUGACUGCAUACUUCCUCGUUGUUAUGGAACUUAAGAUUCCGGAUAUGCGUGAUAUUAAUACUCAUGGAACGGCGGAUGAGAAUCAAUUCAGUCUGAGCUUGUCGAGAAUGAGAGGAGAGAGUUUCAGAGAUUGUAGAUCGAGUAAUUCAUCAGUGUAUAGACGUGAUGGGAACAACGUAUACGUCAAUUUAGUAGUUGAUGUUGCCGAUAUCGAAAUUGAAUGGCUGAAAAUCAAACGCCGAGUUUAUAAUGGAAAUCUUUGCGGACCAACAAUACGAAUGAAACCUGGAGACACCGUUUAUGUUCAUUUGGAAAACCGCCUCGGACCAGAUCAACCGGAAAAAGAGCUGAAUGAGAUAAGACACCCUAACACUACAAAUAUACAUACACAUGGACUGCACAUAUCUUCUCUGCCUCCAGGUGACGACGUCUUCACAAGAGUAGAUCCUGGAAAAUCUCACAAUUAUUCAGUUAAUGUAAACGUAAACCAACCAGCUGGCACGUAUUGGUAUCAUGCUCAUUGGCACGGAUCUACCUUUUUUCAGGUUAUGAGUGGUUUAUCUGGAAUGUUGAUUGUUGAUGAUGAAUCGACCAAUAUGGAUGUGGAACUAGAUGCCGUUUCAUGCCCGAAUCAUUGUGAACAUGACGUUGAUAUACUGCUUCAAUCAACGUUGCAAUACACCAAUGAUUCGGUAGACUUUAUACAUGAAGCCCAAGAACAGAUUGGAGAUCCUUUUAGGUUGAACAAAUCCACUGAAGAUUGGCUUAUGAAUGUUGAAAACGGAUUUGAUUAUUUCACAACAAAUGGUCUGUACAAUCCUAUGUUAACGAUUCAGAAAAAUCAGAUGAAAAGAUUUCGAAUUGUUAAUGCGGGAGGAUAUGUUGGACUCGAGUUAGAAAUAGCAAAUAAUGGAGGUACUGGACAAUGCGUAAUCAGAGAAAUUGCAUUUGAUGGUGUUUAUCUCGAUGCUCCUAGAAAGCAAAUAUAUCAACAAACUUAUGUUGCAAUUGCUGCGCGAGUUGACUGGAUGAUUUAUUGCGAUACGCCAGGAAUAUAUCAACUUCGUUCAAUGUCGCUGCCCGAUGGUGAAUGGUCAAUUGGAACAUUUCGUAGAUACAACGGUACAUUCUUGACCAUUAAUAAUAUUGAAAGCACAUUGUCAGUUCCGAGUUUUUCAACUGCUCUGCCCACCAGACAAGAGUUCAUCAGUGACUUGCGGAAUAUUAAUAACGUACCAGAAGAAAACAAAUUCAUUGUCGAACUUUCGGACGACUUUUUCAUGAAUCGUCAAAAAUUUGUCAAAAAAGAAGAUUACAGACACAGAAUGGAAGUCGGAAGCGUGCAGGAAUGGACAUUUGUUAACUCUGCUCAAAGAGCGCCACACCCAUUGCACAUUCAUGUUAAUCACUUUCAGGUUAUUAGUUACAACGAUUAUACAGGCCCUCUGAGCGGUAGAUCACAGCAUUAUUUCUCGGAAUAUCCAACAUUUGUACUACGAUCUCAAAAGGGUGACCUCUGCAACGAUACGUACGCUAUCCCUUCACUUCAAUACGAAGAUCCAAACUUUAUUUGGCCUGAUCAUCCGGACAAAAAGUUCAUAAAUCACAGGAAACGCUGGGAGGCGCUAGAACAAGGCGCGGAAAACGGGAAAUCAGUGGGCUACGCGAAAAGAGGAGAUUGGAGAGAUGUAAUCAAUGUACCACCUUAUUCUAACAUAACGGUUCGAUUCAAUGUACAUGAGUACGAUGGCCCAGUAGUGAUGCAUUGUCAUGUAUUAAAACACGAAGAUUUAGGAAUGAUGCUGACUGUUGAUUCUGUCAAGGAAAAACAGAACAAAAAGGAUUGGAUGGAAAAGAAAUUACAAUUAUUGUUCUAUUCUUUGUCUGUCUUGUAUCAAUUGUAUCUGGUUCAGUGUUUAUUUUUCUAUAUUGUAAGACAAAAGCAUCUGUUGAGGAUAUGGUCUUUAUGA